AAGAACCACCCGCAAUUAAUCACAAUAAAUUUGCCUCAAAACCCCAAAUCCAAACAGCAAAUCUUGACUGGGUUCCCAUUUAUGAUAUUAAAGAUCACCAAAACCGUUUCUUCCUCUUCUUUUAUGGCAAACAGGCUAGCAAAACUUGCAGCAUCUUUGCAUCUGUUUCUUUCAAGCUUCCAUGGCAUCCUACUCCAUUAACAACUAGAUAUAUAGUAUAAUAUCAUUCUUGAGCUUCAUAUUUAUCAAAAAGCUCAGUGUUUUCAAAAUGGGUUCUUUGAUUCUGCAAAUGGGUGUCUGUGUUUGGGUUCUUUUCAUGAGUUUGAGUUACGAUCUUGUGGAUUCAGAAACUGAUGUUCUUCAAGGAAGGGUUUUCAUUAAUGGGAAAAAUGCCAUUGCGAAGAUAGAUAGCGACUUUAUAUGUGCUACUAUGGAUUGGUGGCCACCUGAAAAAUGUGAUUAUGGUACCUGCAGCUGGGGUCAUGCUUCCCUCCUCAAUGUGGAUCUUAACAACAAAGUUUUCCAGAAUGCCAUCAAAGCUUUUUCUACAUUAAAGAUUAGAUUAGGAGGGACUUUGCAAGAUAAAGUGGUUUACCAAACAGAAAAUGCUACCAAACCCUGCAUCCAAUUCUCCAAAAACACUUCAGUGUUAUUUGGAUAUACUGAGGGCUGCCUUCCUCUAUCCAGAUGGGAUCAAUUAAACACCUUCUUCAAAGAAACAGGGGCUGAAAUCAUUUUUGGAUUGAAUGCACUUGCCGGAAAGACGAUACUAUCCGAUGGUUCAGCAGCUGGACCUUGGGAUUCUGCAAAUGCCGAAUCUUUGAUGCGUUACACGGUUAAAAAGAAUUACACCAUGUAUGCUUGGGAGCUUGGGAAUGAACUGUGUGGAAAUGGAGUUGGAACAAGAGUAUCAGCAUCUCAGUACGCAUUCGACACAACGACCCUACGAAACAUCGUUCAAGAAAUCUACGAGGGUAUCGAGCCUAAGCCACAGAUAAUUGCACCGGGGGGUUUCUUUGAUGCCAACUGGUUCAAGGAGUUUAUAGAUAAAACACCAGAAAUCGUAGACAUAGUGACUCACCACAUAUACAAUCUUGGCCCAGGGGUUGAUCAACAUCUAGUUGAAAAAAUACUCGAUCCAUCGUAUCUUGAUGGUGAGGCCGAUACGUUUAGGCAACUUGAGAAUAUCCUCAAGACUUCUAUAACUUCAGCUUCUGCUUGGGUUGGUGAAGCUGGUGGUGCUUAUAACAGUGGCCACAAUCUUGUCACCAAUGCAUUUGUGUUUAGUUUCUGGUACUUGGAUCAGCUAGGAAUGUCAUCUGUUUAUGACACAAAAGUGUACUGCAGACAAUCGUUGAUAGGAGGAAACUAUGGCUUACUCAACACUACAACGUUUGAGCCCAAUCCAGAUUACUACAGCGCCCUUCUUUGGCAUCGGUUGAUGGGUAGAAAGGUCCUUUCUACAAACUUUACAGGGACCAAGAAAAUACGAUCUUAUGCACAUUGUGCCAAACAAUCUCAGGGAAUAACACUACUACUUCUCAAUCUAGACAACGCAACUACAGUGGAUGUAAGCUUGUCUCUGAACAGCACUUGGAGGAUGCAUAAGCUCAAAUCUAAUGUUCAUCAUCAUCAUAAAGCAAAAAACCAACGAAAUUCCAAGAUCGAUGAAACAAGAACACGAGAAGAAUACCACUUAACAGCAAAAGGCAGGAAUUUGCACAGUCAAGUGAUGAUGCUUAACGGUAAGGAGUUAACAGUAAAUUCAUCUGGGGACAUACCGCCAUUGGAGCCUCUGAGUGUGAAUUCUUCAGACCCCAUAAGUGUUGCUCCUUAUUCUAUUGUCUUUGUUCAUUUCCCACAUCUUAUUUUAUCUGCUUGCAGCUAUUAGAUGGUAUAACAUACAUACAUGAAAUGGAAUUGAGAAUCAGUUCCAUUUCUGGUUAUUAGAUUCAUAAACAUAUCCAACAACACUUGAUAUUUUUUAUUCUUAAAUCAUCUUUUUAAUGAAAUGCA